AAAACCAAACAAACUUCCCUUCAGACCAAAGAGGAACAGAUCCAACACACACCCGGCGUUCUCUCCCGUCUUACAGCUAAACCAGAGCCAAACCCAGCCGUCACAAUGUCCGCAGCCAAGCGUGCCAAAGGAAAGACCACGAAGAAGCGCCCGCAGAGGGCCACCUCCAACGUCUUCGCCAUGUUCGACCAAUCACAGAUCCAGGAGUUCAAGGAGGCCUUCAAUAUGAUCGAUCAGAACAGAGACGGCUUCAUCGAUAAGGAGGAUCUGCACGACAUGUUGGCCUCUCUUGGGAAGAACCCGUCUGACGAGUACCUAGAGGGAAUGAUGAGUGAAGCUCCAGGUCCCAUCAACUUCACCAUGUUCCUCACCAUGUUUGGAGAACGUCUGAACGGGACCGACCCCGAGGACGUCAUACGAAACGCCUUCACAUGCUUCGAUGAAGACGCUUCUGGGUUCAUCCACGAGGAUCAUCUCCGAGAGCUGCUUACCACCAUGGGUGACCGCUUCACAGAUGAAGAAGUGGACGAGCUCUUCCGAGAGGCGCCGAUCGACAAGAAAGGGAACUUCAACUACGUCGAGUUCACUCGCAUCCUCAAACACGGCGCCAAAGACAAGGACGACAUGUAAAAACCAGCAGCCAGAUUCAUUUAGCAACUUAUUCUGUAUAUACUAAUCCCUUACAUGAAUGAUUUGCACAAUACAUGAGAAGUGAAAAUAUGGAUGAAUGUUUUAUUGUAAUAAAUGCUGCAAUAUUCCAUAAUAAAAGGAGAA